AUGGAUCUGGAAACAACGUACUAUAUAGUAGGGGUCGGUAUAUCGACCAUCAACAUUUUACUAUGCGUGACAGUUAUCUUUGUGUCAUUUUACAUCAACUCAAAGAGUAAUGAAGAGUAUGCCAAAGUGAUCGCAGUGAAUACCAUCAUUGACUUUACGUACUCUGUUGUCAAUGCGCUUACUGUGUCAGUAAGUUUGUAUUGUUUUUUUACUAUAUAUUCGUUUACUUCUUUUAUACCGUAUAUUUUACUUUAGAAAUUUACUAUAAUUUAGUUCCUUCUUAUAACACACUUUGAAUUUAAAAUUUUUUUUAAUUUUAAAAUCUUUUUCUCUAUACUUUACUGUAUCUUCAGAGCUCAUUCACAUCCUCCAACUACAUCUACAAGUUCAUCAAUGGCCCUAUAUUCGUUGACUGUUCAGAAAGCACAGCCAACAACGUUCUUCGUGUUCACAUCUUCUUCACCAGCCUUCUAGGUGUCUGUAAGGCGGUACACUUCUCCUACAAAGCUGACACACUGUGCCAUAGCAAAACAUGGUCAGUCAGAAAAUACUGUUGUGUAUACGCAUUCUUUUCCUUAUUUUGUGCAGCCGAGGUAGUCUUAUCAAUUUUCAACAUAUCAGAACAUAAUGCUGUUACAGAAGCUGAAGUCAAGGAGUUCUACGUUGAUGAUGAUACGAUUCCGCCUUACAUCGCUUUUGGCUUUGUAAGUUUUACAGAGUUCGAUAAGUUUAAGCGUUAA